AUGUAUUGCACAUCAAGCUGCAGUGCCAGCCUGGGGGGCUCCAACGUGGCAGAGACCCACAGAGCCCUGAUCGUACAGCUCAAUCCCAGUGAGGACUGCACCUGGACACUAGAAAGACCAGAAAACAAAAGCAUCAGAAUCAUCUUUUCGAGCUUGCAGCUUGAUCCAGAUGGACGUUGUGAAAGUGAAAACAUUAAAGUUUUUGAUGGGAACUCUACUAAGGGGUCUCUGCUAGGGAAAGUCUGCAGUAAAAAUGACUACGUUCCUGUAUUUGAAUCAUCAUUCGAUACAUUGACGGUUCAAAUAGUCACCGACGCUGCAAGAAUUCAAAGAAGUGUUUUCAUUUUCUACUACUACUUCUCUUCUGACACCUCUAUUCCGAACUGUGGGGGUUAUCUGGACACAUUGGAAGGUUCCUUCACCAGCCCCAAUUACCCAAAACCACAUCCUGAGCUGGCCUAUUGUGUGUGGCACAUUCAAGUGGAGAAAGGUUACAAGAUAAAAUUAAACUUCAAAGAGAUUUUCCUAGAAGUGGACGAGCACUGCAGAUUUGAUUUUGUUGCUGUCUAUGACGGCUCCUCCACCACCUCUGGCCUGAUUGCACAAGUGUGUGGCCUUGUGAAGCCCACCUUCGAAUCCUCAUCAGACUCGUUGACUGUCGUGCUGUCUACGGAUUACGCCAACUCCUACCGGGGCUUUUCUGCUUCCUACACUUCGAUUUAUAUGGAAAAUGUCAACACUACAUCUUUAACUUGCUCCUCUGACAGGAUGAGAGUUAUUAUAAAUAAAUCCUACCUGGAAUCACUUAAAUACAAUGAGAGUAACUUACAACUAAAUGACCCAACUUGCAGACCAAAAGUAUCAAAUGUGGUGGAUUUUUCUAUCCCUCUUGAUGGAUGUGGUACAAUCAAAAAGGUAGAAGGUCCUUCAAUUACUUACACGAAUAGAAUCACCUCUAUUCCAUCCCUAACUUCUGAAUUGAUCACCCGUAAGAAACAUCUCCAGAUUGUUGUGAAGUGUGAAAUGGAAUAUAAUUCUACUGUGGAGAUAAUGUACAUAACAGAAGAUGACAUAAUACAAAAUCAAAAUGUGCUGGGCAGAUAUAACACAAGCAUGGCUCUUUAUGAAUCCAAUUCAUUUGAAAAGCCUAUACUGGAGUCACCAUACUAUGUGGAUUUGAACCAAACUCUUUUUGUUCAAGUCAGUCUACACACCUCAGAUCCAAAUUUGGUGGUGUUUCUUGAUACCUGUAUCACCUCUCCCACGUCUGACUUUGCAUCUCCAACCUAUGACCUGGUCAAGAAUGGAUGUACUCGAGAUGAGACUUGUGAGGUAUAUCCCUUAUCUAGACACUAUGCAAGAUUCCAGUUUAAUGCCUUUAAAUUUUUGAGAACUCUGAGCUCCGUGUAUCUACAGUGUGAGGUUUUGAUAUGUGAUAGUAGCGACCAACAGUCUCGCUGCCAACAAGGCUGUGUCUCUAGAAGGAAGCGAGACAUUUCUUCAUACAAAUGGAAGGCUAAUUCCAUCGUAGGACCCAUUCGUCUGAAAAGGGAUCGAAGUGCAAGUGGAAAUUCAGGACUUCGGUAUCAAAUACAUCAAGAAGAAACUCAGAAUCAACCUUUCAACAGCCUGUAUCUAUGUUCAUUCAUGGUCCUUGCUCUGAAUGUUGUGAUUGUGGCUACAGUCAUAGCAAGGCAUUUUGUGCAUCAGAGAACAGACUACAAAUACCAGAAGCUGAGGAACUAUUAAAUUAAGGGUUCAGCCUUAAGUGAGACACGUUUCUCCUGAGUGCCGGAGGAAUGCCACCUAAUGGCUAUAUGCAUUUUGAAUAAAGUAGGGAGCAUCACAUCAAAGUGAUGUACAGGUCCUCAUGUCAUUGUGGUCAGAGUGUGUUUCCUUGCAGGACAACUGAAAUGAACAGACAUUACGUAAGUUAGCUCUCAUGUUAAACAACUAAAGCCACCAAAAUAUUAAAUGAAUUAAAAACAUCCUUUUUCAUACACACAAAACAUUUUAAGUAAACAUUAGGUUAAAAGUAAAAGGUUAUUUUUACUUAAGAAAAGCAGUCUUCAGCAUUAGAUGUAUUCAUUUUCUAGAUGGAAAUAUGCUGCCCUUUGAAACAUAAACAAUAGUUAUAAUUUCUGAAACUAAAUUGUGACAGAGGGAACUGAAAUCUCCUUGAUUCAUAUGCCUUACUGCUUUAACGCAGAGUCUCAGCAUUUCACACCUUCAACAUCUCAGAAAAGGGCUUUGGAAAGAGGACCCUGACUAUAAAAGGAGAGACUUCUGUGUAGUUUCUGGGUUAAUGAGAUAAAUAACAUUUCUCCUCCCACUUACCAUUCAAACAAGCCAAAAGUAAUAGUCCUAACAAGGAUUAGUCAGUUCUGAUUUACACUUUCCUAGCUACUGUGGCUGAGGAAAUAUUGUUAAAGAC